AUUUCUUCAGCGCAAUCUACUAACUCAAUCACCAUCUCUACCCAUUGGCACGCAGAGAAUCCUCCCCUUGACAUCAAUAUGACCGCAGACACGAUGCGCGCCGUGGUCUUCCGCGGGCCUUACAAGGUAGCCGUCGAAGAACGGCCAAUCCCCAAGAUCCAAGAAGCGGGGGAUAUUAUCGUGAAGGUGACGUAUACAGCGCUGUGUGGGAGUGACCUUCAUACGUUCCGUGGGGUCGAGCCCACGAAUGAGGGCGUGAUCAUGGGCCAUGAGGUGACCGGUGAGGUUGUCGAGGCUGGCGAUGGUGUCAAAUCCGUACAGAAGGGCGAUACGGUUGUCAGUGCUUUUACGACAUCUUGUGGACAGUGCUUCUACUGCAAGCAAGGUUUCUCGUCGAGAUGCGACAAGAACACACUCCUUGGAUGUGACCAUCUGGAUGGCGCACAGGCUCAAUACAUCCGCAUCCCCCAUGCAGACGGAACCGUCAUGAAGGCCCCCGAGGGUGUCGACGAGAAAUACCUUGUGCUCAUGGCCGACAUUUUCCCAACCGGAUGGUUUGCUGCCAACAACGCCUUCAAAGGAUGUACUCCGGAGCAAAUCUCCGAGCAGACGGUCGUGCUCAUCGGCUGCGGACCUGUCGGACUCUGCGCACUGAUCAACGCGCUGGAGUACAAGCCCAAGCAUCUUCUCGCGGUCGACUCGGUCCCGUCGAGACUUGAGCUCGCUCGAUCCUUGGGCGCUGAGCCGUGGAAUUUCAAAGAAGACCGUGCCGGUUUGGAUAAGCGGGUCAAAGAGCUGACAGACGGCCGAGGCGCCGAUGCCGUCAUUGAGGUUGUCGGACUUAGUCCUGCCUUGCGAACCGGAUUUGAUCUGCUGCGACCAUGGGGUACGAUCAGCAGUGUGGGAGUGCAUAAUGCAGAGAUCCCUUGGGAUGGCAACGAGGCCUAUGGCAAGAACCUGCGAGUCCAGAUGGGUCGCUGUCCGGUGAGAUCGGUUUCGCCACAGGCAUUGGAGGUUCUGAAGAAGAAUCAGCAUUUGCUCGGGUUUAUGGCCGAGAAAAUCAUGCCUCUGUCGCAGGCCGUCGAGGCAUACGACCUUUUCAACGCCAUGAAGGUGCAGAAGGUGAUCUUUGAGGCGGAUAAAUGAGUGCGACGUCGCAACGGUUGAUAUGCAGUGUAGAGUAUGAAGGGAUGUGUAUGCAUGGACGGCGUUUGGUGAAUGGGGGGAGGAUAGAAAGGAGCAAUACGGAGAGCAGAUAGAGAUAGAUUUUGAGAGAGAGAGAGAGAGAGAGCCCUGGAGAGAGAGAGAUGUAAAUAGAUGGAUACCAGAAUCCCUCCGAUACGGCGCCAAUACGGACGUUUCGUGCCGCCCAGCAGCGCAG